UUGUCCUCCUCCAAGUGUUUUGUUCUCGGCUCCUUUGAAAGCUUUUAGGUCAUCGCUUUCAUCACCCUUUUAUCAUCAUCACUCAUUCACUGAUUUUGGAUUGGCGGCGUGGAAAAUGACUAGUCAAGAGAUACGCAAAAGUUUGCCUGGAAUGACAAAAGUACCAUUAAUAGAUAGAAAAGAAGAUGUUUACAUUAUUAUUCUAACUUAUUUGAACCAGUUUUCUCCAACUGAGGGAAACUUGAAUGACAUACGUCCCGCUGUUUCUUUUUCUCCGCAUAUCUUCGGAGCCGGGAAGAGUUUUGUCGGUGUACACUUUUUAGAGUUUUUGAACAAAUUUGCCGAAGAAGAAGAGCAAAAGGAGACGGAGGGACGCCCUGGCCAUUUCCCUGAAAGCAACACGAGCUCAUUGGGAGGAGUUAAGGCGAAGAACUUUUUUUGGAAACACUUUGCGGAAAACACUUUGUCAGUUAUCUUAGAACUAAGAGAGAGCUUUUCUCAUGCUCCUUUUCCAAGGUUUCGAAAGGCUUUGAUGACGAAACAAUAUUUAUUUUUGAUGAUAGACGAACUUAGCCACCUGAGUGACCUCACCAAAUACUAUAGUGAACUUACCAUGAAACAAUUUAUCGAGCCCGAUGCAGAAUAUGUACCUUUCCGGAAUUUUUUCCGCUUUUUACGUGAUUUGUUGAUGACAGGGAAGGUAAUCGUCUAUUUGGCAGGCAGGACAUCUCAAAUCUCAGCCCGCAUGUCUGAUGCUCGCUCCAGUAGCAUCACCCUCGAUAUGUUGCGACUGAAUCCCUUUAACCUCAACGAUAUUAAUGAAUAUCUUGAGCUGGCAACUUAUAAUGGAAAGACCUUGAAGGACUGGAGGUAUUCCGUUGAUUGUAAAGAAUACUUUAGUAGCCCUAGCAGAGAAGAGAAAGCUGCAAACUUAUCGCAACCUGCUAUCAACGAUGACAAUAUGGAAAGUGUGUUAGAUGAUAUUUUUCACUCUGUAGUACGAAAGACAACAACGUUUAUUGUUCCGGAGAUAUUAGAUUCUGCAACCCUUCUUCGAUAUCAAUUUGUUCUUUUCAAUUAUCAGCUCGGGACAGUUUUUCCAAUCAACUUUGCAAUUACUCUAUGUGGAACGACAACUUAUUUGAUGGAUUUGGUUGCAACUUUUGGGUUUUACUCUGAAGUUUUGGGCGAAGAAUUCAAGAUUGGUUGUUGUGAAUUUAUAUUGCGAGCUCAUAGCAACUAUAAAUUUUUCCGUGAGGCUACUGAACUUUUUCCUUUAUCUCCGUUUAGUUAUAUUCCCGACACUUCAACAGCAAAAGGAGUCUUCUUUGAAUUUGUAUUUAUGAAGAUCUUUCGCUUUCGCUUAUUAACUUUUCUUCAUUCUAAUUCCUCGCAGAUUGUACAUUCUGCUAUUCCAGGAAUUUUCCAGGGUUCUUUUAUUGAACAGGACAAUGUUUCGUAUUCUAUAGAAUCAACAAAAUCUAAUGAUAUACCCAUCUUGAGAAAUGUCUCUCAUUCAUUUUCUGUCCAUUAUAGAAAAUAUUUACAACAUUGUGGUAUUUUUGUUCCAAAAGAGGGCAAUUCGAGUGGUCCUGAUGCAUAUGUUGUAUUCCAUAAUGGACAAACACGUUAUGUUGUUGGAUUUUCAUUCAAAUUUUAUCACAAAACUAAAUUGUCGAAAAAAAAUAUUAAGAAAGAAGCAGAAAAAUUUUUCAAAGGAGUUGUUUCCGUUUUGAAUGACGAAUCUUUUUCAUCUGUUCAACUUCGUUUUCAGUUUGUGGUAGUAUGUACUAGAUAUGAUCAAUCUGUAGGUUUCUCUACCGAAGAACAUAAUAUUGUUGAAGAUGCAAGUCGUUUGGUGACUCAACAUUCUUCGGGAUCAACUUUGAAUGAAAGUAGUCGAUCAUGUCUGCAAUUGGUAAUUGUUUCUCAAAGGAACCUUGAAAUAUAUUUGGGAAGAGAUAAUGUCGAAACAUUGAGGAAAAUUGGGAAAGCAAACCGAGGAGAGUUUUCUAAAAACUUUUCAGUAUGGUGUAAAACUGUCUUUGAGUCGAUGUCCAAUGAAUAUCUUUCACCUUUGGAAACGGAGCAAUCAAAUGUUACUUCAAGAGUGACUCGAAAUAUAAGACCGAGAACAAAUGAGGAGAAUAGGAUGCAAAUGGAAGAGCUUCAAACUGCUAUGCAAGUGGAAGGAGGAGACGCACGAGGCGAACAAAGUGUUGCAGCAUCGAGUUCUUUGUCUUCGCCAUUUGAUUGGAAUGUUUUUCUUCAUCGAGUGGGCUUUGAUAACAAUCGAGUUCGUGAAUAUGUUUCAAAGCUCCCGCGUCUUCCUGCUUCUGCUCUAAAAUAUAUCACUUUCGAAGACUUAAUGCAUGCAGAAAUAAGGGAGGAAGAUAUUGUGAAAAUUUUGUUCGGAUUGCAAAGAGUUUCAACAGAGCAGAGGUAAUUUUUUUCAUUAUGCAUAUUUGUGUGACAAAGUCAAAGCUUUGUUAUCAUUUAUAUUACAUAAUACGCAUACUGAUUGGAUUCCGAGACGUUUCCAACUUGUAGAAUAAACACAAUUUUGCCAAA